UAGAACCAAACGUCUAAUUUUACAAGUACAAACCGCAGGCGCUCCUGGCGGCUCCGUUGCCGCGAUACACAGAGAGAGAAAAGAAGCAAAGUAAAAAUGGAGGACGUAAAGAAGAGAAAGCUCGAAGAUGCUUCGGGCAACGAUGACGAUAUCUCAAGAAAUUCGGAGGACCACCUUCGCUCCUUGCUCGAACCUCUUGCCAAACCCCAGCUCGUCGAUCUCCUCGCUAAACUAGGUUCCCAAUAUCCUUCAAUUGCAGAAGAAAUUAAGGGUGUUGCUAGUGCAGAUCCUGUUCAUAGAAAGCUUUUCGUUCGUGGGUUGGCCUGGAACACCUCGUCCGAAACCUUGCGUGCUGCAUUUAGUGAGCAUGGAGAGAUUGAGGAAGGGGCUGUCAUCUAUGAAAAAGCAAGUGGGAAAUCGCGUGGCUAUGGUUUUAUUACUUACAAGCACAUGGAGUCUACUCAGUGUGCGCUCAGAGCACCUAGCAAGUUGAUUGAUGGUCGCCUUGCUGUUUGUAAUCUAGCAGCUGAAGGGUUAAGUGGGACACCUGCUACACUUGAUCUUACCCAGAGGAAACUCUACAUUGGGGGCUUGUCUCCAAAUGUCACAAGUGAGAUGCUUCUCCACUUUUUUGGCAGGCAUGGUGAUAUAGAAGAAGGUUCAGUUGCAUAUGAUAAAGAUUCAAAUGAGUCACGUGGGUUUGGCUUUGUUACAUACAGGACGGUGGAGGCUGCAAAGAAGGCCAUAGAUGAUCCACAAAAGACCCUUGGGGGGAGAAAUAUCAUUGUGAAGCUUGCAGAUUCACACAAGGGCAGAACAGUACAGACACAGCUACCCCCAGCAAUGGUUCCGAUGGCCUUACCUCUAGCGCCGCCCGGAUAUCCCCAGCCUGUAAAAGCACAUGCUGGCACCACCCCUGUCGGUUACGGCUAUCCUCAAACUAUAGCGGCAUACCCCGAUUCUUCUUACCCAAUUCCUCCCCAACCACCAUACCCGGCACAGUCACAAAUUCCCUACCCAUAUUACAUUGGCAAACAAUGAUUUACGACAAUUUUCAGAAGAUGGUAAUAUUCAGGCAUCUGAUCUAGCCUUGCACUUCAGGAAAUUGUGCGGCGAGAAUGCGUUUCGGGAAUCGACGGCAUAGAAGCUAUGGUUCUGGAAUGGUGGUGUCUUACUAGAAAUGUUGCUUCUUGUAAUGUAUAGUUGAAAACCUUACAUUUUUCAACUAGAAUUGUUGCUUCUUGCAUAGUUUUUUUACAUGUGUUGGAGUUUAAAUUUAAACAAUGAAAUUUAAUCGUAAUGGAAAUUGAAAUUUUCAGAAGUUAAAUAAAGGGAAGAUAUUUCUAUUUCAAAA